CGCGUUUAGUAUAGAAAAACGUUUUGAUAGUUUUUGUAUGCAACGUUUAGUAAUACUAACCUAACAUAUCCACGGAAGCGUCACACGCUCGUCUCAACAUCCAACGCCGGCAGGAGAGCGCAACGCAAGCGCCACGUGACGUAGGGAACAGGUACGGUCGCUAACCCGUGGCGAGCAGAUUGAUAGAAGUGGGUCGUAAUGUGGACGCAGUGAGCAUCUAGCGCAAGUGCUUGGGCGUGCAGGUGCUUCACCGCCCACGACCGAGCGAGUCGCUGGCGCCGUAAGGCCAACCUGUAGGCUACAGCCGAUUGGAGUUGAAGGGAUGGAAAUUACACAUGUGAAGGACGGGACGACGGGUGACCUGCUUGACCUGAUGCCUCGUCAUGCAAGCACGAUGAUGUGUCUUGAGGCUUGCUGUGCCCUUUCAUGGUUUCCCCAUCGACGUUUGGAAAAUGUCGCGAAAAUUGCUGUGAAUUUGAGUAAAAACUUUGAAAAUUUCGGCGAAAAAACCAGUGCGACGGUUCCGGCACCGGGAUCUUCCGUGAGAUGUCGUCGAAGCGGUCCAAGAAAGAUGGGGACACAAAGGCGGAAGGCAGCAGCGACAAGAAGACUUCCAAAAGCAAAAAGAAGGAGAAAUCAUCGAAAGAAUCCAAGGAGGUCAAGGAACCGAAGGAGAAGGUAUCAUCGCCAGCGAUUCCAACACCAGGAGCUCCACCUGCAACGAUUGUCGAGCAGCCUGAGAUCAACGACCCCGACGCUAUCCAGCUCUUCCGCCGAUACGACCGUGAAAAGGCAAACCACAUCACACGAAGUGACUUCCUCGACCUCCUGCGAGACUACACGGCAUGGUACCCCGGACGCAAGUGGAACAUGCCCGUGAUGCCGUGUGCGCUCACGGAUGCCGCGGGAAUUCCACUCGGGUUUGAGCGCACGUCUCGCAACUCCGAGUUUGAGGCUGGUCAGCUCUUUGAACGCUACGACACGAAUCGAUCAGGGACAUUGGAAGCCACAGAGUUUCAACUGUUUUUCAGAGAUUUCAAGAAGCAGUUGGGUCCUUUCGUCGAGGAAAUGUUGGCAGCAUUCCAUGCAACAUCUCCACCAAGACCGGCCAUUGACUCGUCUGGGGCGCAUUACCACCGUCCCCAGCACACCUCCGCUUCACCGCCACCUUGGCAGGCUCCUUCCAGCCAUCCCACUCAACGUGUGGCCGACACAAGGCACUUGUACGAGACAAAGCUUACCCAGUUGCGUGCACUGUGUGAUGUUACGCUUCAGCAACUGCAUGACAAGUUGGACAACUUGCAGCAUCAUCGACACGCAGGUGCUCCGGCGUGGAGCACGUCAAGGGCGCCACCCGCCAUGAUGCACGAGGAAGGGCGCGACCGACGGGAAUGGAAACGCCACCAAUCAUCCAGCCGCUCCGACGAAAUAGCGAUCGACGCGCUGAAGAAGGACAUGGAUUUUGUCGAUCGCGUAUUCAAGGACACGAGUGAAUUCCUCGACCAGCAGCAUCGGGUGUCUCCCCACGACAUGAACGCGUUCCUGGACGACUUUCCGCGGGUAUCACGAUGAUGAACGGGAGAAUGCUUUGAAAGUCGAACCACUUUGAUCGUGUAGAUGCACCAGGCAGUGCAAGAUGUGGCGACCAAGUCGUACACGCCGCCACUGUCGCCAUCGACACCGGUCCAUCCCCGCGACGACUUGGAAAAAAUUCUCAAAGUCAAAGAUCAGGUGCAGUUGCGCUUCCUGGCACUCGUCGACGUGAUAAUGCA